AUGGCUUCCAAACUCUUCAUGCCAAAUUCCAGUUACAGUGUAAAAAAUGUCUCUUGUCCAAGAAAAAAGAAUUUACCCAUUUCUGCUUCUUCCAAUCAAGUUUGUAUGCCUAAUAAAAGUAUUGAAACUUUUCCUUCUUCAUCUUUUUCUUUAUCCAGACAAAAGUUAUCUUCGUCUUCAAUUGCUAUUUCAGAAAAGAGCAGCAGUAACUCGAAGCCAUUAGCUCUUCUCUGGAGAGAGAUUCAAGGUUGCAACAACUGGGAUGGGCUAGUUGAUCCCUUGCACCAUCUUCUCCGACAAGAAAUUAUUCGAUAUGGUGAGUUUGUGACCGCGUGUUAUAAAGCUUUUGAUCUUGAUCCUAACUCUACGCGAUACUUAUCGUGUAAGUAUGGCAAGAAAAACAUGUUAAACCAAGUUGGAAUGGGAAAUUCUGGUUAUCAAGUCACUAAAUAUAUCUAUGUAACCCCAGAUGUUAAUAUUCCAAUCCAAGAUACUCCUUCUUGUGGCCGCUGGAUUGGAUAUGUGGCUGUUUCGUCUGAUGAUACAGUUAAAAGGCUUGGUCGAAGAGACAUAGUGAUCACAUUUCGAGGGACGGUGACAAAUCAAGAGUGGGUAGCAAAUUUUAUGAGCUCGCUCGAGCCUGCACGCUUAGACCCUCUUAAUCCACGCCCAGAAGUCAAGGUAGAAUUAGGGUUUUUAAACUUGUACACUUCGGGUGAAAGCAACGAUAAGUUUGGUCUUGAAAGCUGCCGCCAACAGCUUUUAUCUGAAGUGUCAAGAUUGUUAAAUAAGUACAAAGGAGAAGAAAUUAGUAUAUCUAUAGCAGGGCAUAGUAUGGGGAGUUCUUUAGGUCUUCUUCUUGCUUAUGAUAUUUCCGAGAUAGGAUUGAAUAGAGUAAAUAAUCAUAAAGGGGAUAUUCCGGUGACUGUUUUUUCGUUCGGAGGCCCUAGAGUAGGGAACGCUGGGUUUAAAGAGAGAUGUGAGGAAUUAGGGGUUAAGGUUCUGAGAAUUGUGAAUGUUAAUGACCCAAUUACAAAAUUACCUGGGGUUCUUUUAAAUGAAAAUUUUAGGGUUUUAGGAGGGAAAUAUGAAUUCCCGUGGAGUUGUUCUUGUUAUGCACAUGUAGGUGUCGAAUUACUCGUCGAUUUCUUCAAUAUUCAAAACCCGUCUCAUGUUCAUGAUUUAGAAGCCUAUAUUGAAAGCUUACUCAAAAAAUGCCCUAAUUUGAAGCAACAAUCAGUAGAGGACAUUCUUGAUCAUCAUCAAGAAGAUGAUCUUUUGAAUAGAAUUAAUGAGUUACUAUUUAGUGCAGAAAAUUUUAAUUUGUACCCACUUCAAAUUGCUUUAAGCAAUAUUAUAAACACGGUUCAGUCUCAAAAAACUGAAUCCUUCUUCUCAGAUGAAAAUAUUUUAAGGUGGGUGAACUCCUUAGCUUUGUAUAUUUUUUCUGUUAGUAUAGCGGGGUUUAUCUCUCUGUAUAUGUGUGUAUAUCAAUGA